GCACAGUUGUAAAUCGUACGAUUUCACGUGAUGACAUCGAUCGCUUUAUUUUAUUUCAUUGGCGUUAAUACAGUUUAAUUACAUUUUUUAUCAUAAGCGAUUUGUGUCGUGACUUAUCUAAUAAAAUUAAUCAUUUGCACAGGUCGCGCAGCAAUACCGGACCGGACCGGGCGAAGCGGUAUGCAGCGGCUGGUCCGUUUGGUGGUGGUGACGGCGUGCGUGGCGUGCUCCGCGGAAGCGACCAACGAAGCGGUGCUGGGGCGCAUGAUGCGCACGUACAAGCGGUUGGAGCAGCUGGCUGCGGACGCGGCGUACGCGGAACACGUGGCGCUGGUGGACGACGCGCUUGGGCUGCUGGUGAGCGAGCACGAGGCGUACCGGAACAUAUCGCGGCGGAUCGGCGACGAGGUGGAACACGAGCAGUUCUCCGCGGCGCUGUUCCUGAGCGACGUGGACUCGGACAACAACAAGAUGUUCUUCCGGAACGGCAGCUGCCGUCACCACGCGUACCGGCAGUACCGGAGGAUACACGAGUACCACAACACCGACAUGCAGGUGCACCUGACCCGGCUGGCGUCGCUGGUGGCCGCGCUGGACGAGCGGUACGACGCUGGCGUGCGGCUGAUGAAGUCCGCGGGCGACAAGAUCAAGAGCACGUUGGCGGCCAGCAAGGAGCUUCACGACCGCAACAUGGCGCUGAUCCCGACACGGGAAUCGGAACCCACGUACCCAGCCCCGGGCCAGUUGAAGCCGAACACGGACGCUUUUCUCAAAACCAUGACGUACCCCGAGGACGCCGGCCCCGUCCCACCGUGAUCCUUCUUAAGCACCGUUAGUCGUCAACAACAAUGCUCCGUUGUGUACCACGCCAUCACCACCAACACCCACCACCAUCAUCACCACCGCCACUGCAGUCAACACUAGAUAAAUCAGUAGAUAUAGUAAUAAUAUAUUAUGUCACGUACACGCGUUUAAUAUGUGAACAAGUGGACACAUAACCCAUAAUUGUAUUUAUUUAUUUUAAAAAACUUCUAUGUGUUAUGCUAUUAUGCUAUUUAAAAUAGUACAAUUUUAAAUAAAUAAUCGGUAACACUAAGUGAUUAAA